CCUGGAACCGUACCGAAGUAACAAGAAUCGAGCUCAAAGAAAUCAAAAUGGUUUACACUAGCUCGUGAAAAAGAUAUUUGAUAUUGGAUAUUGGAGGUGGCGGCGCAUCUAAGCAUUGUCGUAACAGCUUAGGAUGCUUAGUGUACUUGGUGGUGUUUCGGAGGAUUUUAAAGGUGUCAGUACUGGGACUACACUUUUUGCAUGCGAGUAUGAUGGUGGCGUUGUUAUUGGAGCCGAUUCCAGGACAUCAUCUGGGACGUAUGUUGUGAACCGCGUAACAGACAAGCUGACGCAACUAACAAAAUCUAUAUACUGUUGUCGAUCUGGAUCUGCUGCUGACACUCAAACAGUUGCGGACAUGGUUCGCUACCAGUUAGAUUUUCACCGCCUAGAAAUGAAUAGAGAACCAACUGUUUUGGAAGCAGCUGUUUCUUGCAAACAUUUCUGCUACAACUACAGAGAUGACUUGGUUGCAGGUAUUAUAGUGGCUGGGUGGGAUGAAGAAUUAGGUGGUCAGAUUUAUUCUGUUCCUCUCGGUGGCAUGCUCGUAAGACAGCCAAUCGUUAUUGGUGGAUCUGGUAGCACAUAUACUUAUGGAUACGUCGAUCACGGUUUUCGCAAGGGGAUGACAAGGGACGAGUGUGUCGAUUUCGUUUUAAAGGGUGUUGCUCUUGCCAUUAACAGAGAUGGUUCCAGCGGUGGAUGUGUACGUCUAGCUGUUAUUUCCAAGGACGGUGUGGAAAGAAUGCUAACAAAAGGCAAUGACGUUCCAGUGUAUCGAUUUUCUUGAAAUAUAAAUAAAUUCUUAUGAAUGAUAAAACAUUACUUUCUUAUAUUUCUACCCUAAAUAUACUGUCUGUUCUACUUUUCUCACCUUACUGUUAUAAAAUUAUUCUGUAAGACUUAUUUCGACUACCCAAAUAACUAGUGCUUGAUAUCCGUUUUUAGUCUCUCAGAAUAUGAUACAUGCUUGAUUUGUAAGAUUGUUAUCCUAUUAGUAUAUUUUUUACUCAAAUGAAUGGGU